CCAGGAACACACAUGUGGCUGCAAUCUGUCCUUGAAGCAGAUGGUACGAUAGGGCUCAAGGAGAUCAAACAGAUGGAAGGCCUACCGCUCUACUUCGAUGCGCCAGAACCACCUCUCUAUGCUCCCGGAGAGGUCAAGAUCCCGCUACAACUGUACUACGAGUGGAAUAGUGGUGAUCCCAGAACGCCCGCACGAGCGCAAGUCGAGUGGCCCUACCGUCAUUGCUGCGCAUUUGAUAUCUCCUGGACGGCCCUGCUCGAUCUUGAAUCAGGCGCAGUCGAGGAGCUCUCGGUCCGCAGUGGGUGGAGAUGCAGACCAACCAUGCCGAAUCCCGCACAAGCUGAAGAAUGGCCACAUUGUCCUGCUGGCAGCCCGGGACUUGAUCCAGCCCAAGGCGAAUGUACUGUCCUCCGAGCUGGUCUCUUUGCCUCGACCGGACACGCAGAACAGUGACGAAAGGGAACCUUAUGCAUUAUGAUGUUUAUCGAGA